UGGGGUGGUCCGGUUAAAAAAUGGAUUUUGUUUUCCUUUGUGCAAAACUUUCCAAAGUGCAGGAUCGGCCACUCAUUAGUUGCACUUGGUUACUUUUAUAUAUAUCAGUAUAUCCAUACACCAGAACUAUCUUCAGCCUUUGAAUGCAUUGCAUCUUUGAUUGAUCCAAAAAGUCUUGUUAUUAUACUUAUUCAGCUUGAACCAUGUUCCAAAAAAUCAGGGUUAUGAUGGCAUGCAGGGUAACUAUAUGCAUAGUUCUUAGUGUCCUCAUAAAUAUGGCCUCAGCUGCAAUUGAUGAAAACAGGGAAGCAAAUGCACUCUUGAAGUGGAAGGCCACUCUUGACAGCCAAAGCCAAGUUAAGUUGUCAUCUUGGAACAACGGCACAAGUCCAUGCAGAUGGAGAGGAAUUCAGUGUGAUAAAACAAAGUCAAUCACAAGCAUGGAUAUUCAAAAUUUUGGACUCAAAGGUACACUCCAUACUCUCACCUUCUCUUCAUUCCCCAACCUCCUUAGCAUAAACAUAUACAACAACUUAUUCCAUGGAACCAUUCCCCCACAGAUUGCUAACUUGUCCAGAGUUAAUCAAUUGAACUUGUCCAAAAACUUCUUUGAGGGUUCCAUUCCUAAAGAGAUCUUCACCUUGACAAGUCUUCGCGGGCUUGAUCUUUUCGAAUGCCAUCUAAGUGGCCAAAUCCCUGAGUCUAUAGGAAAUUUGUCCAACUUAACAUAUCUAGAUUUUGGAAACAACAAUCUCUCUGGCCACAUUCCUACUGGGAUUGGCAAAUUGACCAACCUUGAGUAUUUUUCUUUUAUAAAUAAUUAUCUUUCUGGUUCCAUUCCAAUGGAAAUAGGAAUGAUGACAAACCUUCAGACGAUUGAAUUCUCAUAUAACACUCUCUCUGGUGUUAUCCCUUCUACAAUUGGUAACUUGAGCAAUCUGCAACAAAUUUACAUUCCUAAUAACACACUGUCUGGACCAAUCCCACCCUCUAUCUGGAACAUGUCUACUUUGACCUUGAUAUGGCUCUUUGGCAAUGAACUUUCCGGAUCUAUCCCAAAUUACAUAGAUAACUUAGCCCCCAAUUUGAAUUCCCUUUCACUUGAGGGCAACCACCUUUCUGGCUCCAUUCCUCCCACACUUGGAAAUUUGACAAAGCUCACCGAACUAUACCUGAGAUUUAACAAUUUUUCUGGACCAAUUCCUUCCUCUAUAGGUAAUCUGUUCAAUUUGAACUACUUGACUUUCCAAUAUAAUAAACUCAGUGGAUCCAUUCCUGACACAAUUGGAAACUUGAAAAGCCUCUUUUCAUUAGAAUUGUCCAACAACAUGCUUACUGGCUCCAUCCCACAGGGCAUUAAUAACAUGACAUUGUUGCAAGAUUUUUUAGUGGCCCAAAAUAAUUUCACCGGUCAUUUGCCACCUCAAAUCUGCUCAGGUGAGUCACUCUUGUACUUUGCUGCUGAGCACAACCGUUUUACCGGUCCAGUUCCAAGAAGCUUGAAGAAUUGCUCUAGUAUUGUUAGAAUCACAUUAGAGGGAAACCAGUUGGAAGGUGACAUAUCGAAAGACUUUGGCAUAUAUCCCAAUUUGAAACAUAUUGAUUUGAGUGAUAAUAAAUUUUAUGGCCAAAUUUCAUCAAACUGGGGCAAAUGUCAUAGUCUUCAGAACUUGAUCAUAUCCAACAAUAAUGUUUCCAGUGGUAUACCACCACAAAUUGUGAAGGCUACCAAACUUGGCAGGAUUCAACUUUCCUCAAACCGAUUGACAGGGAAGAUUCCGAAAGAAUUAGGGAGAAUGAAAAGUUUGCUUGAACUCAAGAUCAGUGAUAAUCUUCUCUCAGGAAACAUUCCAACAGAAUUAGGAUCACUGCAGAAUUUGCAAAUCUUGCAUCUAGCAGGAAAUGAGUUGAGUGGUAACAUACCAACAGAAGUUGUUGAGUUACCCAACUUGUUGGAAUUGAAUUUGAGCAACAACAAGCUAGAGGGAGGCAUCCCCUCUCACUUUGGUUCAUUCCAACCUCUAUCUUCUCUUGAUCUUAGCAGGAAUUUCUUGAAUGGAACUAUUCCAAAUGUGCUUGGACAGUUGACGCACUUGCAGUUGUUGAACCUCUCACACAAUAAUCUCUCUGGCAAUAUUCCAUCCACUUUUGGUGGCAUGUCAACCUUGACAUCUGUCAAUGUAUCAUACAACCAGUUAGAAGGGCCACUUCCAGAAAGUAAGGCCUUUCGCACUGCUACAAUUGAGUCACUGAAAGGUAACAAAGGCUUGUGUGGUAAUGUCACUGGCUUGGUGCAAUGCAAAACUAAUAGCUAUAGCCAAAAGAGUCACAAGGCCAUGCAAUUAGUAUUGUUUCUUAUCUUUGGAAUACUAGUACUUGUGCUUUGUGUGGUGGGUGUUUUAAUGUAUAUUAUUUGUAGAAGUGUGAGAAAGAAAGAAGACUCAGCCAAAGAAAUACAAUCAGAAGAACACUUUUCCAUAUGGAGCCAUGAUGGAAAAAUGGCAUUUGAAACUAUCAUUGAAGCUACCAAGAAUUUUGAUGACAAAUAUCUCAUUGGAUUUGGAGGGCAAGGAUCUGUUUACAGAGCUGAGUUACCUUCAGGUAUGGUUGUUGCUGUGAAGAAAAUUCAUGCAGAAUCAGAUCCAGAGGACAAGUCCAAUUUGAAAUCAUUUAAAAGUGAAAUUGAAGCACUGACAGAAAUCAAGCACCGCAACAUCAUAAAGCUAUAUGGAUUUUGCCAGCAUUCCCGGUUCUCUUUUUUGGUUUAUGAAUUCCUGGAAGGUGGCAGUUUGGAUCAAGUACUAAGCAAUGAAGCAGAAGCAAGUGCAUUUGAUUGGAAGAAGCGAGUGAAUGUGGUUAGAGGAGUUGCUAAUGCUUUAUCAUAUAUCCAUCAUGAUUGCGUGCCCCCUAUAGUUCAUCGUGACAUAUCAAGCAAGAAUAUUCUUCUGGAUUCAGAAGAUGAAGCUCAUGUCUCUGAUUUUGGGACAGCUAAGUUUCUAAAGCCAGGUUCAAAUUGGACCACACUUGCAGUCACCUAUGGCUAUGGUGCUCCAGAACUUGCUCAGAGUUUGGAGGUGACUACAAAAAGUGAUGUGUAUAGCUUUGGAGUGCUUUGUUUCGAAAUCCUUGUGGGAAAGCAUCCGGGAGAUAUGAUCAAUUCAUUGUUGUCACCAUCAACCGCAUCAAUAACAUACAAUUUGUUGUUGGUUGAUGUAAUUGAUCAAAGGCCUCCCCAUCCUGAGAAGUCAGUUGCUGGGGAAAUCAUGUUAAUCACAAAGUGGGCGCUUGAGUGUUUGAGCCAAAAUCCACAAUUUCGGCCAAGCAUGCAUCAAGUGUCUAAAGAACUCAUGAUGGGAAAAUCACCUUUCUCUGAUGACCACUUUCCCAUGAUCAGACUUGGACAACUCAAUCAAGAAUUAUUGGAAGCUCCACUUGUGUGAUUAAUGAUUAAUCUCACCCGUUUCUUAUGAAUUAGUGUGAUCUAAUGGGGGUUCAUGUAACGCAACUGUAUCAUAGGCGUGUUCAAUUUGUGAGUGUGUGUGUAACAUGUAUGUAUGAGUUAUGGGCAACUGUACCAUAGGCUUGUUUAAUCAUUUUGCAUACUGGUUACUGGGAUAUGCUAAUCAUUGUGUCUUUGUCUUUGAACUCAAUUCUUAAUUUGGGUGGAAAAGAAGGAUGAGACUAUAAACUAGAAAAAAGAAUGUGGCAUAUGUACAUGUCAAAUAUAAAGAUGGAUAACACAAUACAGACCCUAAGUUGGGCAACUCAUUGAAGGACCGGGAAGUGCACUUACGUGAUUGCUUCAUUAUGAUCUAAUGAUUCAUACUUCAUAUAUAUAAAAUAAUCCUCCUGUGUCUUAAUUCUUAAGCUUGUUUACUUUGGCAGUGUGUUGUGUACCCUUUAUAUGUAUGAGU